AUGGCCCACACUGAUAUACCCUUGGGCAGAGGUAGUGCUGGGACACCUGUCACUUUUAAUGAAAAUGGAGAUGCUCCUGGACGUUAUGAUAUCUUCCAGUAUCAAAUAACCAACAAAAGUGCAGAAUACAAAAUCAUUGGGCACUGGACCAAUCAGCUUCAUCUAAAAGUGGAAGACAUGCAGUGGGCUAAUAGAGAACACACUCACCCGGCGUCUGUCUGCAGUCUGCCCUGUAAGCCUGGGGAGAGGAAGAAAACAGUGAAAGGAGUCCCUUGCUGUUGGCACUGUGAGCGCUGUGAAGGUUACAACUACCAGGUGGAUGAGCUCUCCUGUGAACUUUGCCCUUUGGAUCAGAGACCAAACAUCAACCGCACAGGCUGCCAGCUUAUUCCCAUCAUCAAACUAGAAUGGCAUUCUCCCUGGGCUGUGGUGCCUGUGUUCGUUGCAAUAUUGGGAAUCAUCGCCACCACCUUUGUGAUCGUGACCUUUGUCCGCUAUAAUGACACACCUAUUGUAAGGGCUUCGGGACGAGAACUUAGCUAUGUGCUCCUGACAGGGAUUUUUCUCUGUUAUUCAAUCACCUUUUUAAUGAUUGCAGCACCAGAUACAAUCAUAUGUUCCUUCCGCCGGAUCUUUCUAGGACUUGGCAUGUGUUUCAGCUAUGCAGCCCUUCUUACCAAAACCAACAGAAUCCACCGAAUAUUUGAGCAGGGCAAGAAAUCGGUCACAGCCCCCAAGUUUAUUAGUCCAGCAUCACAGCUGGUGAUCACUUUCAGCCUCAUCUCCGUCCAGCUCCUGGGAGUGUGUGUCUGGUUUGUUGUGGACCCCCCCCACAUCAUCAUUGACUAUGGAGAACAGCGGACUCUAGACCCAGAGAAUGCCAGGGGAGUGCUCAAGUGUGACAUUUCUGAUCUCUCGCUCAUUUGUUCACUGGGGUACAGUAUCCUCUUGAUGGUCACUUGUACUGUGUAUGCCAUUAAAACGAGAGGUGUCCCAGAGACUUUCAAUGAAGCCAAACCUAUUGGAUUUACCAUGUAUACCACCUGCAUCAUUUGGUUAGCUUUCAUUCCCAUCUUUUUCGGUACAGCCCAGUCUGCAGAAAAGAUGUACAUCCAGACAACAACACUUACUGUCUCCAUGAGUUUAAGUGCUUCAGUGUCUCUGGGCAUGCUGUAUAUGCCCAAGGUUUAUAUUAUAAUUUUUCAUCCAGAGCAGAAUGUUCAAAAACGCAAGAGGAGCUUCAAGGCUGUGGUGACAGCUGCCACCAUGCAAAGCAAACUGAUCCAAAAAGGAAAUGACAGACCAAAUGGAGAAGUGAAAAGCGAACUCUGUGAGAGUCUUGAAACCAACACUUCCUCUACUAAGACAACAUAUAUCAGCUACAGCAAUCAUUCAAUCUGAAACAGGAAAAUGGUAGAAUAUGAAGAAAUCUGGUAUGUGAUCUUAAUAAACAUGACACCACCAAAACCCACUCCUGGAGAUCUCUGUAGACUACAAUCAAUCAAAUCAAUAGUCAAUCUUGUAAGGAACAAAAAGUAGCCAUGAGCCAAAAGUAUCAAUAAACAGAGUGAAAAAAAAAAACAUUUUA